AUGAAGCUCUUAGUACGCGUAAUCGAAGCAAGAAAUAUACCAGCAAUGGACCCUAAUGGAUUCAGUGAUCCAUAUGUGAAAUUACAACUGGGUAGACAGAGGUUUAGAACUAAAGUCGUAAAGAAGUGCCUGAACCCAUCAUGGUGUGAAGAAUUUACUUUUAACGUCGAUGAUUUGAAAGCAAAGCUUGUCAUUGCUGUUCUUGAUGAAGACAAGUACUUUAAUGAUGACGUCAUUGGCCAGGUUAAAGUGCCCGUCUCUCAGGUUUUUGAAGCUAUGGAUAAGUCUCUUGCCACUUCUUGGUACUCAUUGCAGCCUAGGAAGAAGGCUAAGAACAAGGAUUGUGGUGAAAUUCUUGUCACUAUUUGGUUCUCACAAAAUAGUUCCCUGUUGGACUUGCCAACAUCUCUUGUUGAUCCUGCACCGUUGCCAAGGAAGGGUGCUGAUAUGGGGAUGGAUUCAACUUUAAGGUCAUCCCCUUUGAGAUCAGCUUCUCCAAUGAGAGUGGAAGAAGGUCUCUCUUUUAAGGAGGAAAAGCCUUCUGCACCAACAUUUGCUGAUCGAAUUGCACAAAUUUUCAACAAGAACGUAGAUACAACACCUGCAAGCUCUGUUGAAGCACCUGACAUAUUAGAGUUAUCAGAAAGUGAAAAUCCGGCAGUUUCAGAGAACAAGUCUGAAGAGCAGUUCUCAGCUAUUGAUUUUGAAGAAGUAAUGAGAAGCAUGGGGAUGAAAGAACGAGGACGUGGAGUUCCGAGUAAUUUGCCAGGAGGUGUAGUUUUAGACCAACUGUAUUCAGUUGCACCAGGUGAAUUGAACUCGUUACUCUUUUCACCAGACUCAAGCUUUAUGAAGUCUGUAGCCGAUGUGCAGGGAUCUACAGAAUUUCAUUUAGGACCUUGGGAAUUCGAAAAUGGUAGUGAGAGUCUAAAGAGAGUGGUUACUUAUAUUAAGGCUCCAAGUAAACUGAUUAAAGCUUUGAAAGCGACCGAGGAGCAAACAUAUAUGAUUGCUGAUGGGAAGGCUUUUGCAGUUUUAGCAAGUGUGAGCACUCCAGAUGCUCCAUAUGGGAAAACUUUUAAAGCAGAAGUGCUUUAUUGCAUUACUCUAGGACCUGAGCUUCCAUCAGGAGAACAGUCUUCUCGAUUAGUAGUUUCUUGGCGAAUGAACUUUUUGCAAAGCACAAUGAUGAAAGGUAUGAUUGAAGGAGGAGCACGACAAGGUAUAAAGGAAAGCUUUGAGCAGUAUCAAAAAUUGUUAUCUCAGAAUGUAAAGCCAGCUGACGUUAAAGAAAUGGGUUCAGAGAAGGAUCAAGUUUUGGCAUCUCUUCAGGUCGAGCAUCUGUCAGAUUGGAAAUUGGCCGUUCAGUAUUUCACUAAUUUUACAGUAAUUUCAUCUAUUUUCAUGGGUUUGUACGUGCUUGUGCAUAUAUGGCUGACCAUGCCUAGCACAAUUCAGGGUCUUGAGUUUGUUGGAUUAGACUUGCCUGAUUCCAUUGGUGAAUUGAUUGUGUGUGGAGUACUGGUUCUCCAAGGUAAACGGGUACUAGAGUUGAUAUCACGCUUCAUGCAAGCCAGAGUACAAAGAGGCAGUGAUCAUGGAAUUAAAGCUCAAGGGGAAGGUUGGUUGCUCACUGUUGCCUUAAUUGAAGGAAGCAAUUUGGCAGCAGUUGACUCAAGUGGGUUCUCUGAUCCUUAUGUGGUGUUCACUUGCAAUGGGAAAACAAGAACCAGCUCUAUUAAAUUCCAGAAAUCUGAUCCUCUUUGGAAUGAAAUUUUUGAAUUUGAUGCAAUGGAUGAGCCUCCAUCUGUACUGGAUGUAGAAGUGUUUGAUUUUGACGGACCUUUUGAUGAUGCUACAUCUCUUGGACGUGCUGAAAUUAAUUUCUUGAAAACUAACAUAUCAGAAUUGUCUGAUAUUUGGAUUCCUAUACAAGGAAAGUUGGCUCAGGCAUGCCAGUCAAAGUUACAUUUAAGAGUUUUUUUGAACAAUACCAGGGGUGGCAAUGUUGUCAUAGAUUAUUUAACUAAGAUGGGGAAGGAGGUGGGGAAAAAGAUAAAAUUGCGCUCUCCUCAAACAAAUUUUGCAUUCCAAAAGCUCUUUGCACUCCCACCUGAGGAAUUUCUUAUCAAUGACUUUGCUUGUCACCUGAAACGCAAAAUGCCUCUGCAGGGCCGCCUCUUUCUGUCAGCAAGAAUAAUUGGGUUUCAUGCAGAUCUAUUUGGUCAUAAGACGAAGUUUUUCUUCCUUUGGGAAGACAUAGAAGACAUCCAAGUCAUUCCUCCUACCUUGUCAUCAAUGGGCAGUCCAAUCAUCAUUAUGACUCUUUGGCCAGGUAGAGGUUUUGAUGCACGGCAUGGAGCAAGAACACAGGAUCCAGAAGGCCGGCUGAAGUUUCAUUUUCACUCUUUUGUGUCUUUCAACAUGGCACAGAGGACAAUUAUGGUACUAUGGAAGGCCCGAGCCUUGACUCCCGAGCAGAAGGUACAAAUUGUUGAAGAAGAAUCUGAAGCUAAUAGCGUCCAAACAGCUGAAGAGGAGGCCAUAGCCAAAAACCUCCUAUCUGCAGAGGAAAUUGAAGCUAAAAGCCUCCAAAUAGUAGAUGAAGAAUCUGAAGCCAAGAGCCUUCUAAGUGAGGAGAGUGGGUCCUUUCUGGGUGCUGAGGAUAUUAAUAUGUUUAUGGUUUAUUCCUCUGUGCUCUCUCUUCCUACUAGUUUCUUUAUGGAGUUAUUUAGAGGGAGUGAAAUUGACAGAAGGGUCAUGGAGAGAGUUGGAUGUCUCAAUUAUUCUCACAGUCCUUGGGAAUCUGAAAAUCAAGACGUGUAUCAGAGGCAACUUUAUUACAAAUUUGAUAAACGAAUAUCCCGUUAUAGAGGAGAGGUGACUAGCACUCAGCAAAAGUCUCGUCUUUCUGGUAAAAAUGGUUGGCUUAUAGAAGAAGUCAUGACUCUGCAUGGGGUUCCACUUGGUGACUUUUUUACUCUUCACCUGAGAUACCAGGUUGAGGAUCUGCCUUCUAGAUCUGUAGGAUGCAAUGUUGAAGUAUACUUCGGAGUAACAUGGUCGAAAGAUUCCAAACAGCAAAAAAGGAUCACAAAGAAUAUUAUGUCGAAUCUUCAGGACCGCCUAAAGGUCAUGUUCAGUGUACUGGAAAAGGAAUAUGUAUCAGGGACAUAG